GCAUUUCCGGCUUGAAUUUUUUUGUAAACAGAAGAAGCCAACGUUCAAGCAGACACAAACAACCCGGUUGUUACGGUUGUGACCUGCAGCCCAGCAGUGGUCGUUUAUUCGUCAAGCGAGAGACGACCACUGCUCCUUUAAAAAAAUAUGUUUUUUUUAAUGUGUUUUUUUUAAAGAUAUGUAAACUCUUGACGUCAUGACUUCAAACUAUCCGCUGACGUCGAGCGACCUCGUUCACACCUGUUAGCUUGUUAGCUUAACUUCAGCUGACAAAAGUGUCCGGUCAACCUCUCUCAUCGAUGGGGAACUGCCUGUUUUCACAAGGGGCGGAUGACCUGUCGCUGCUGAACGAGUCUGAGGGGGGCAGUCUACCCGGAGAGCCCCCCCCUCCUCCUCCUCCUCCCCCCCCGUACCAGGAGCGCACUCUGUCAGCUCCCGUGUACCAUCCCAACCCAGGUGAGAGUCGUCUGGCUUGCCAGCUUACAGAGGAGGAACAGAUUCGCAUUGCUCAGCGGAUCGGUCUUAUCCAGCACCUCCCCAGAGGCAUCUUCAACCCAGGCUCCGACCCAUCCAACAAGAAAGUGAAAGAGUGUGUGAUCUGCAUGAUGGAUUUUGAGUACAGUGAUCCCAUUCGAUUCUUGCCCUGCCUUCACAUUUACCACGUGGACUGCAUCGAUCCCUGGCUGAUGCGCUCUUUCACCUGCCCUUCCUGCAUGGAGCCAGUGGAUGCUGCCCUGCUGUCCUCGUAUGAAACCAACUAGCCUCCUGCCUACAAGUAAAACUGUCCUCACCGUUCAAACUGGUAGCCAAAGUGUGUGGUGUUAUGCCGAUGUUUGGAGGGUCUUGAGGAGGCAGUAAGAUGUUGAAAUCAUUGCCCUUAAUGGUGCGUUGGUUAAGUCUGAUUUGCACCUCUUUCUGCUUUGUAAACUCUUAGCCUUUUACGAUAGGGUAACGUGCCAAAUCAAGAUCCAUGAAGGAUAUGGAAAGCUAUACACGUAGCAAAAAUAUUACUGCAAAGUAAUAUCACUUUUCUAUGACAGAAUGUCUGUUUUUUUUUUUUUUUUAAUGGUAAUGUCAUCAAUGAAAUUUACUCUCCCCAUUCAGACGUAAUGUGCAAUAUGUUAAUUCAAUGGAGAUAAUGCAGGAAAUGUGUUUUGGUCAGAAAGUCGGUCAAAUCAUGAAAAAAGGUAACUCGUGAACACAUGGCCUUAACUGUCUAAAGCAAGUGUGUCUUGACUGAUAUGCAAUCCUAAAAAAAACACAGAAAACACAACAAGUGAUAUUAAUGAACCCGGUUUCUUUGAGCAAAUAGUCCAUGAUGAUCAUUUGUCUACAGCAUCGUGACAUAGAGUGGUGUUUUUUCAAUUUUAUGGAGAUAUUUGAAGUUCAAUCAAUGUGAUGAAGUGUGUUCCUUUGAAGCUGCUUUUAUUGAGGUGGAUCUGUUUUUUUUUUUGUUUUUUGCCUUUCCACAAAAUAUGAAUCCUCUGUUUGAGGUUGCGCUCUCUGUUUUUAAAACCGGUGUGUCCUUUUAUUACUGUUUACCGUCAGUGAGAUUUUCAAAGACAAAUUAUGCUGUGCAAUCCCUCCGUAAAGCACCUUGGGAUAACUCUCCUCUGGCACUCUGUAGCUCGAGGGUUUUUAUAGAUGAAUGUGAAUCAUGAUAUUUGUAUGUGUGUGAUGUUUUUUUUUUUUGUUUUUUUUUGGGAGGGGGUGGGGGUAGUCUUCUUGGGGAGAUGGUAGACGAUUACAGCAUGUUGAGAUAACAGAGAGAAUGAAUCUGUCAGCUGUAACCCAUGUUGAAGUUACCUCUCAUGCUCCAGUCUGUGCUGAUGACUUCUUACAGCGAUUGGAUCGAUUUCCAGAGCUCCUGGAUCUGGUCAAACACAACGCUUUUAUCUGUUUUUUGGAUGUGUAUUGAUGUUUGAGUCUAAAGAAAGCUUCAGCAGCAGAAAGGCUUGUAUCCUGAAUGUAGAGCGUUGUUUCAGCUUUUCUAACAUUUGUAGAAUCAGACAUUACUCAGGCUGCUGUGCCUUUUUGAAGGUUGGGGUUAGUCAAUUCUUGUGAAGUACAAUCAUUUCUGAUGCUUUUCUUUCAGUGGUCCUCUAGAGGGAGACAGAUACCAGCACUGUUCUGAUACGUGUCACUAUUAAAAAUAGGCCAAUCAGGAUGAGGCCAGAUGUGGCUCUCUGGCUGCUGUUAACAGUCACAUUCAUUAAAAAUGUGUUUCCACCUUUGCACCAGUUCUAGGACAAAUCAUGAAACCACAAUAAAAGUGGAAACAAAUAUUUA